AUGUUCGGCGUGACGCCGCUACCCAACUCCGUCCAAGAAGCACUGAACCGGCUAUGCGAAGUCAAGAAACAGCCUCAACCCGACGAAGGCGUCAGAAGAAAGCUGUCACUCUUGAGCAAGCAAGACGCUCUCUACGUUCUGGAACAAAUCCACAACGACAGAGCUCCCAUCAAAAACACCCUCGGUGCAUUCAUUGUCUUCAUGAUCGGGAAACUAGAGAAUGCUUCGUCUUCGUCGUCUUCUUCUCCGAGAUCAGUUAAGACUGCUUCUUCCUAUCAAAUCUCACCCUCUGCUUCUUCCUCCUCUCAAGAGCACCAUCAAGAUUAUGAUCGAGAGCCGCUCUAUUCUUCAGCUUCAUAUCAGAGCUAUUCUUGUCCUUCUGUUACUGAUGCACCAUUUUAUUCAAGUUUUCAGUCUCAGGGUGAGACUUCCAAUCCAUUGCCGGCGACAUUGUGCAAUGGAAAAUCACUGUGUUCCUCCCCUUCUCCCUAUGAAAUCCUGUCUGCUCCUUCUGAUGCUUAUAGACAAUUCUGUGAGAGGUUCCAAGGUGUCCACAUUUCUCCUUUUCAAACCCCAUCUGCCUCUCCUGUCACUCCUGUACAACUUUAUAAGAGUUUUCAAGGUGAGACUGUCGCUCACUCCCCAGUUCUAUACCAUCCUGCAGACCAUGGACAGGCACACUUAGAAGCUCUGGGAGAGCUCGAAUUCAGAAAACAAUUUCUGAUAUUAAGUUAUGCUGGAGGAAUAAAGUUAAAAGAUGUAAUAGACGCGGAGGAUAUUAGGAAUUGGAAAAAUUUGCCAAUGGUGAAGUUCGAGACCACGGUUUGGCAUGUCUUGGGUGACGAAAAUGUUGGCAAGGCUGACCGACUAUUGAAUGUUGAUUGGGAUUCCGGACGCACACAUUUCUAUGAAUGCCAUGUUACCAGAGAUGGGAGUUACACAUUCAAGGGCCCCUAUAUAAAGCAUGAACGAAGAACUCUCUUACAGAAACUAUCUGGAGAUGACAACGUUUUGAUUGUGAAGUUUGACGGAGAAGGAACUAAGAUAGGUUCCAGUUAUAAAGAUGGCGGUAAAGUAGAUAAAAUCAGAACCCCCUCAUCAUCACCUGUGAAAUGUUAUUUUGUCCUUGUGAGCUCUGAUGCAGCAAUAGACAGGGAUGUAGAUUAUUGGUUAUCUAACAGAACUAUUCAUGAAGGAAGACGUCUAAUCAUGCAUAUUGAUACUCUGCCAAGUGUGGACAAAGUCAUGGCUAGGUUGCCUCUCAUUUUUUCUAAGACAACGAGCUUGGAAUUGGAUUGGUCAGUCGUGAAGGUUGAAAUAAUUGAUGACAUCUACUGUCUCGAUGAUUCUGGUAACCGUGUUUAUAACAGAGAUGGAAAAGCUCUUAUACACACAGAUGGAACUGGAUUCAUAUCUGAGGAUUUGGCGUUGCUUUGUCCAAGGAUUGCCAAAAGAAAGUUCACGAGUGAGGAACACAUGGAGGGACUUCUGGAUCCUGAUGAACUUGAGAUUGAAAUGACAAAAUCAGAUUUUCGAACUCAAGAAGCGCCAUUGCUCAUACAGUGCCGCCUAUUUCACGAAGGCACUGCUGCUAAAGGAACUUUUACUGUCAAUAAGCUGCUUCCCCCGAAAACACUGCAGAUUCGUCCGUCAAUGAUUAAAGUUGAGAAGGACCCUAAGUUUUCAGAUACUAACACCAUCAAUUCUCUGGAAAUAGUAUGCACAAGUGCUCCUCCUAUGAAAGCUUAUUUGUCAAGGACUAUAAUUGCACUUCUAGUGUAUGGAGGGGUACCAAAAGACCUUUUUAUGAAGAUACUUGAGAAUGCUGUAGAAGAUGCCCAUCAUGUAAUCAGCAAAACACGUGCAGCACUCAAAGUUGCUGAGAAGUAUGGUGGGAUUGAUGACUUCUUGGUGGAAACAAUGAUCAGACUUGGUAUUCCUAUAGAAGAAUCAUAUCUGCAAUAUCGUCUGUCAUGCCUACUGCGUCUGCAGGAAGGCACUGGUCUCAGAAAAGGGAGACUUCCUAUCCCUGACACUUUUAUGUUGAUGGGGACAGCAGAUCCGACAGGGACUCUGGAAAGAGAUGAAGUCUGUGUUAUCCUCAAGGACGGACAACUGUCGGGGACCGUACUAGUGUACCGGCAUCCUGGUCAACACUUUGGGGAUAUCAAAGUUUUGAAGGCUACCUACGUGAAGGAGUUGGAAUCUGUUGUGGGAGAUGCCAGAUAUGCUAUAUUCUUCUCUUGCAAGGGACCACGUAAUGUUGCUGAUGAAAUUGCUGGUGGAGAUUUUGAUGGUGAUCUCUAUUGGGUCUCUAGAAACCCUCAGCUAUUAAAAUGGUACAAACCAAGUGAACCUUGGAACGAAGGAGAAGUAGCAACUCAAAAGGUUGACAGUAAAAGACCAACUGAGCUUUCUGAUGAAGAACUUCAAGCUGAAAUGUUUAGAUUGUUCUUGAAAAAUCGGUUUCAACCAUGUUUUGCUACGGGCGAGGCAGCUAAUAACUGGAUUGCUUUGAUGGACAAGUUCUUGACUUUGGGAGAUAGUCAGGAGAAGAAGGACAUAAUGAACAAGAUACUGCGGUUGGUUGAUAUAUACUAUAUAGCUCUAGAUGCCGCAAAGAAAGGUGUAAAGGUUGAAGUUCCCAAAGAUUUGAAGGUGCCACGUUUUCCUCACUACAUGGACAAGCUAAAGGAAGAAAAAACUGAGACUUCAUCUUCCAUUUUGGGAGAAAUUUAUGAUGGAGUUGGUAAAUGUCAAGCAAAACUAGCUUUUCUCACAGAAAUCAAGAAACUUCCUAUUUUCGACAUUAAUCAAGUCCCCGAACACUGCUUGAACAACUGGAGGAAACUUUACGAACAGUACAGGGGUGAGAUGAGCUCGGCCAUGAAAAACGCUAAUAAAGAUCAGGCUGCUAGUAGCGUCAUAGGAUAUUAUAAAGAGGUGAUCAUUGCAACAUUGUUUCUGGGUCUAAAGCUGUAUGAUGCUGCUGACUUUGAGCACAGUUCAAAGCCGAUUGAUGCAAUACUGGACGAGGCGCACGCAAUAUAUCAUGUGUGCUAUGACUAUGCUAUCAAUAAAAGAGAUGUGCAAAGAUGUUCCUUUGCAUGGAAAGUAGCUGGUAAAGCUUUGUGCGAGCUUCACGCCAAGAAGACGGGUGAGAAGUGGUUAAGCAUUGCUCCUUCUGUUUUACAACAGCUCUUGUAA